CACGUAAGGUGGCGUAGGGUGUUAUCAAGUAAUUUUGGGUGUUCCGUGUCAGUUUUAUACACCAUUCAAUUGUUAUUAUACGCUACAGUAGUAUAACUUUAAAUAUGUUUGAAGAAGAAGUACUAAUAAGUCAAAUUAAACAACAUCCCGUUUUAUACAACUCGACAUUGUCUUCGUAUAGAGAUCAAAACAUGAGAAACAAUGCCUGGGAAGAAAUAUCAAAACAGUUAAAUAUACCAGUUGAUGAUAUUAAAACAAAAUGGUCAAAGCUUAGAAAUUGUUACACAAAUGCUUUAAAAAGAAGAAGAAAAAACUCCAGCUUAGCGCAGUCCACACCUUGGAAGUAUGAGCAGACGAUGAAGUUUUUAUUACCUUAUAUGAUCUCGAGAAAGAGACGUAGUACAUCAGGGGUAGAUAAUAAUGUUAUAUUGUAUGAUUUUGAUUCAUUAAAAGAAGAACCUUGUUCUGAUGAUGACAGACCAUUGUCUAGGACAUCUAGUCAUGUAUCUGAUCCCAUAGAGUGUAAUGUAUACAAAUCCCCAUCUCCCAGCAGACAGAAUGAAAAUGAUGAACUUGUUGAUAGAAGCUCAAUAAAAGUAAUAAAUAGAUUGAAUGAUGUAAAUAGAAAAAGAAAGUAUGAAAUGGAUGAAAAUGACUAUUUCUUUUUAUCUAUGAGUAUGCAACUAAAAAAACUUCCUGAAUCUGAUCAAGCUGAUAUCAAAUUCAAAUUACAUAAACUUAUUUAUGAAGCUGAAAAAGAAAGGUUAAAUUCUGUCUAGUUGUGAUAAGACAUAAUCAAUACAAACAUUAUGAAUUUAAUUUAUUGUAAAUACAUUAUAAUAAUAGCUAAUAUUAAAUCAAUUGUUGA